GCGGUGGCGGCGGCGGCGGUAAGAUGGCUGCCCACGGGGGCUCCGCGGCGUCCUCGGCGCUGAAGGGGUUAAUCCAGCAGUUCACCGCCAUCACCGGUGCAAGUGAAAGUGUAGGGAAACACAUGCUGGAAGCCUGCAACAAUAAUUUGGAGAUGGCAGUCACUAUGUUCUUGGAUGGUGGAGGGAUUGCUGAAGAGCCCAGUACCAGUUCAGCAAGUGUCUCCACUGUCAGACCACAUUCAGAAGAAGAAGUCCGUGCCCCAAUUCCUCAAAAACAAGAAAUAUUGGUGGAGCCAGAACCUUUAUUUGGUGCUCCUAAGAGAAGACGGCCUGCACGUUCAAUAUUUGAUGGUUUCCGAGAUUUUCAAACUGAAACUAUUCGUCAAGAACAGGAAUUAAGAAAUGGAGGAGCAAUAGAUAAAAAACUAACUACCCUUGCAGAUCUGUUCCGGCCGCCCAUUGAUUUGAUGCAUAAAGGCAGCUUUGAAACAGCAAAAGAGUGUGGCCAGAUGCAAAAUAAGUGGCUGAUGAUAAAUAUUCAAAAUGUACAAGACUUUGCAUGCCAGUGCCUCAAUCGUGACGUAUGGAGCAAUGAAUCUGUGAAGAAUAUUAUCCGGGAACAUUUUAUUUUCUGGCAGGUUUAUCACGACAGUGAAGAAGGUCAGAGAUACAUACAGUUUUAUAAGCUAGGAGAUUUUCCCUACGUGUCUAUCUUGGAUCCACGGACAGGUCAAAAACUGGUCGAGUGGCACCAGUUAGAUGUAUCUUCUUUCUUGGACCAAGUUACAGGUUUUCUGGGUGAACAUGGGCAAUUGGAUGGACUCUCCAGCAGUCCUCCCAAAAAGUGUGCUCGUUCAGAGAGUCUUAUUGAUGCAAGUGAAGACAGCCAGCUAGAAGCAGCAAUCAGAGCCUCCUUACAAGAGACACAUUUUGAUUCAACACAGACAAAACAGGAUAGCCGCUCAGAUGAAGAAUCUGAAUCUGAACUUUUUUCUGGCAGUGAGGAGUUUAUAUCCGUUUGUGGUUCUGAUGAAGAAGAAGAGGAGGUUGAGAAUCUUGCCAAAUCCCGAAAGUCUCCCCACAAAGAUUUUGGGCAUAGGAAAGAGGAAACCCGAAGGCCCCUCACAGAGCCCCCAACUGGAACUGAGUCUGGAACAGCCACGAACCACCAAGGAUUGCCAGCUGUGGAUUCAGAAAUAUUAGAGAUGUCACCUGAAAAGUCACACGGGGUAUUAGAAGGCAAAGAUGUAAAUGGACCAAAAGCACAGCUGAUGUUGCGAUACCCAGAUGGGAAAAGGGAACAGAUAACUCUUCCAGAGCAAGCCAAACUCCUAGCUUUGGUGAAGCAUGUCCAGUCUAAAGGAUACCCAAAUGAACGUUUUGAACUUCUCACCAACUUCCCACGAAGGAAACUCUCUCAUCUUGAUUAUGACAUUACGUUACAAGAAGCAGGCCUUUGUCCUCAAGAGACUGUCUUUGUACAGGAAAGAAAUUAACACCAUGGCCUGACCUCUCUCAGCCUACCCCUUUUUUCCCUUUUCCUGUGAGAUACUAUGUCAAUAGUACACAUUUUUGGCUCAUAGCAUCAUAGAGCCAAAGUUGGGCAAGCAAGUCACCUACCUUCUCUUUUAUUUCUUAUUCUCUCCUUCAGUCCGUCUUCCCCUUGCCCCUAUUUUCUUUCCCAAAUUUUCUUAUUUUUCCUACUUUUCUCUUCCUUACCUUAUCUUAUGACCAAAUGGAAGCUUAAGGAAAAAACCUCCUCAUACUGGCAGCAGGAAAUGUUUGUUCCAAUAAGUGGUCUCUUGCACUCUUUUUGGGGAUCAAGUGGUAUUACUCCUCAGAGUCCUUUGGUGAAAGAAUGGCUAGAGUUGGAAUAAGAGCAGCCUCCCAUUUUUGUAAGCCCAAUUUUUAGUAGUGAGAAAUUCUCUGACACACCUGUUGUUGUUAAUAUAGGAAUAUCAAGUAACAAAAUAUUUGUGCUUUUGUUUACAUGAAAAAAGUAUCUCUUAAAAUUAUUGCUUAUCAUAUUUAAAUUAUUUUCAGAGGAUUCUCAUCGUCCCCACUAAAAUUAUAUCUGUGUUGUAUAUUCUUGACAAAAUAAGUGAUAAAUGUAGAAUAGCAUAGGGUGGCUUUCAGUACCCUAGCCUGAGACAGUUUCCUUCAUUGUUAUUCUGUAAGCUGUAUUGAUCCUGCUAGUCCUAAGAAGGACAUUUAAUGAUCAUAUUUUGGUGACUGUAACUGGAAGGUUCUUGCUGUUUUUGCCAGUAUAGCAUAUUUUGUUUGGUCCUUCCAUUAUUUGGGUCCACAAGUGAUCUAUAGAAAGGCAGCUAGUCAAUAAUCAUGCAGUACAAUAGCUUGUAGUUUUAACUACUGUGAUUAUUGAUUGUCUUUUAAAGUAUAUGAACGUAUGUCUCAGGUGGUGGGGGGAGGGGGAAUUUACAACUGAGAGUUGCUAACCAUGUUCCUUUGGUUAGAAGUAACUAUUUUUUUUUUUAAACCCCUGGUUGGAACAGUCUUUAAAAGUCUCUGACUAAAUAAUCCUAAUUCCUCAUGCUGUUUUCUUACAGAGAGUGUAAAACUGAAAGCCUCUCCAAAUAAAGGGAAGAACUUUAUAUAAAUUCAUAAAACAGCAUUUAGAAGGAAGGUGGGGAAGAUUACCAAUAAUCUGUAGAUGUGAAUUUUUUCUGCAAACAAAACCACAUUCAAAUUGUAGUUGGUAAAAACUUUUUCAGUAUUAGAAGAGAUCAUCUUGCGCUUGCAUAGUACUAUUCUGCUUAUCAGUUUUACUGUUAUGCUGAAUUCUUACCUUACUUUGAGCUCUAAGUAGAAUAAUCUGAGUGGAGUAGUCUUGAUUCUGGUGGCAAAAUCAGUAUCUCAGAAUCUUAUUAUAAAACUGUAAUGGAAAUGUAAAUGUCUUGUUAAUGGAGGUUUAUGAUUGAUUUUUCUACUUGAGGAACAUAAUCACUAUUGCUCAGAGACCUUUAAGUUUCCAGGUUCCGAUCAACAUUAAGAACACUCUUUUGGCAAGUAGGGGGUAUUAAAAAGUGUUUAUGUGUUGUUCCAGUACACAAAUAGAGAAUAUGGUUCUGAAUAGUUGGAUUUUGAGGCACCCUCCCUAAAGAAUAAGUUAUGUAUCUCCUCAAGGAAAUCAUGGAAAAUUCUGUUUAUUCUUCAGUGAGUCCUUUGAAUUAAUGUUCUUACAUUUUUUUCCCCAAGUCUGUGUAAGUACCUAUGUAUAAGUAUAUAAUUGUAUAAAUAUUUAUAAAUAUAUUUAUAUAAUUACAGUUUCAUUUAUACUUGAGUCAAAGUUCUCUCUUUAGAUUUGUGACUAAGUAAUACCACUUUGGUGUUUUUUCAUAGGCUCUCAAAAAUUAACAGCUUCUGGUUUAUUGAGGAAACAUGGUUUUCAUAUUAAUUCCUCAUUAUUAUCUCUGAACUUGAAUAAUAUACUUGCUGUCUGAGGAAUGGAGCUGUUUGCUAUCAAAGGUAUGUUAAAGGAUAAAAAAUCUUGGUAAUAGACAAGGUUAGAAAUCUAAAAUUUACAGGAGGCGUAGGGUAAGAAAUGAAUAUGUGCCCAGCUUUGGUGCUGUAAUGGUACCCAUCUCCAGUCCCAGCAAAGUCACAGCUAAAACCCAAAUUUAUCAAAACUGUAAAGGCGAUUUUACUUUCAGGACUCUGUUUCAUUCUUUUACCUAAUAGUUUCUCUUUAUUGAACAUAUUUAGAGAAUCUGAGAUGUGUUCAUUAAUGACAGAGUAUUUCUUCUCUAUAUGCUCAGUUCUGGCAUGUCCAACUACAAGAAACCAAAGUGACUUUUUCAACUUAGAUUACUGUGGGAUGGUGAAGUAUAUGUAAGAUGAUUUAAGUGAGCUCUCUGUAAGAGAUAUGGAGAUAAUGCUUGAGAUACUUAUCCAACUUAAGUAUAAUUGGACUAUUUAGAGUAAAAAUGUAGAGUAUCUUAUUUUGAGGUAGGAGUGUAAUUAUCCUGAGCUUGAUAUUAUAGAAGCCCUUGGGAGAAGAAUUAUUUAUUGUAAAUGGAAGAAUAAAUGAGUAUUGCUUUACUCCAGAACUUCAUCCAUUUAAGGAAUAUUCAUCCUUCAGUUUGUCUUAUGUUCUCUGGAGAUUUCUCUGCAGAGUAGCUUAAGUUUAAAGUAGUCAUUGUAUUGGAAACAGUUUGAAAGAUUAAAAAAUAGGGAGGAAAAGAACAGGAUAGAUUAUAAGACAGAUAUAGGGAAAUUAAAAACUACUGGGGUAAAGUGACAGGAAACCUCUUUUGAAUUUGAUUUAGGAAGGGACCAGAAAAGAGAGAGAACAACCAAAUGAGAAAAUAACAGCAGUCUUGAGUGAUUAGCCUAUAACUGGGUUCUUGGGGACAUUUUAUAUUUUAACCUGCAGAAUUACAAAAAUGAGUUUUUUCCCCAUUUUUCUGGAUAAGAAAAUUGAAGUUCAGAAAGCCAAUUUAGAACGACUCACUUGGUACCCAUUUUAUUUUACUCCAGUGCCGUAGUCUCCCACAAAGGGAAUUAAUUUGCCCGAAAUGUUUGUUUCUAUUUUUCAUUUGAUUUUGUUUUCUUAAAGCUGUGGGAUUUGCACCAUGCCUUUACAUUCCUAUUUACAUUAUGUUUUAGUGACUGGUUAUUGAUUACUGUUAAAAACAAAUGUACUGAUGAAAAGAUGAGAAAAAAAAUAGCUAUGUAACCAAGGGUAAUAUAGGGUGAAAAUGAAUAAGGAUUUUCUUUCUUAAUUUUUAGAAAAGAUAUGACUAUCUAAAAGAUAUGGCUAUCAUCCAUACCAGCCAUAUUAUUGAACCUUCUUUGUAUACUUUUAAAUCUUGCUUAUAAUUCUACUUCUUUGUAAGUCAAAAAAUUAUUUAUUGAGUUGUUUGUCAAAGUUGUAAAAUCUUGAUCUAGUUCUCCCUGUUUAAUACAGUUGGUGAGCUAUACUAUGAGAUCAUUGGGGAGUAUGUGAACAUUUACCUUUCUGGAACUGAAGUGUAAAGAUUAGAAUGGGAAGGUAUAGAGUUCAGUUUGGGAAGUCUUCACAUAAAAAUAAAACUGGAAAGUGGUAACAGUAUAGCUCAAAUUCUCUGUGACUCACCUUGAACAACUUUCAGAUUUGAUGUUUAUUAUGUAAGGCAUACCCAGGUACCCAUUCAGAAAGGUUAUUAACCCCAGAACUGAAAAUUGUAGCUAGCAUAAUCUCACUUGGACUCUUCAAAAAAAAAAAAAAACAGAGGGAGUUACUAAUUAACUGAGAAGGGAAGGAAAGAUUUUAUUUCUCUACCCAGGAAAAAUUUACAUACAGAGUAUAUAUAUGAUAUGCAGAAGGGGCACUGUAUAUAGGUAUAAGUCUAAUAGCUCUGCUAUCAUUUCAGAAUUGACUAAAUAACUUAAAACUGUUAAGCAACUUAUUGUUUUAAAAUUUGGCUGUGGUGGGAAAUUGUGAGGUUAAGAAUAUCAUUAAUACCAUAGAAAAAAUGUAAAUAUGCCUCUGGAAUUGCAGGCCCUUACAGAAACUCCAGGAACCCGUGAUACAAACCAUUAAAUCAGACUUAUCUUUUGAAGUCCUUUCCACUCCAAAAUUUCAUGCAUCUACUCUUUUAUUUUAAAAUACCCCUAAAAUUUUAAAUAUACUAACUAGCUUCUUUGCCAUUUUUCUGUGUCUGGGUCUCAUUUGUCACAUAAUUUUUAUCUGACUUCAUCAUGGUGCUGUAAUCUCAAAGAAAGAGUGUAUAGUAAUAGUUUUAGAACUAGUAAGUAUCAUUUAAGUAUAGUUCACUAAUUCUAAAAAUGUAAUGCUGUGAUUUAAAUUAGUG